AUGGACGUCCUCGCCAUGUUCGGGUUUGCGGGGCACGGGCGGGCGGGGCGGGCGAGCAGCUUCAUCCCGCUCGCGCGGGGGGACCCCACCCUGCGGUACCGCUCCGCCCGCGCAGGCGCGUGGCCGCUCGCGCGCAAGGCCCUCGUCGCGGUCCAGCUCCUCGUCGUCUGCUGCGUCCUCUUCCUCCUCGUCAAGUCCAGCCCGCGCGCCCCGCGCGCCGACGCCACGGGCUCGAGCUCCGACCCCCGCCUGUCCAACCGGCACGUGCGCGCUGCGGCCUCGAAGCGCGCCGCGAGCGCCGACGCGCUCCAUGCCCUCUCCCAGUCGAUCAAGAGCAUGAAUCCCCACGCGGUAGCGGCGGAGUUCGUCCCGGAGAGGAACGACGGCGGGCACCUGACUGGGCGCGAGUCGGCCAGGAUUGAUGCCCAGGCGCGUCGCGACCGCGCGGAGGCGAAGCAGCGGAAGGAGGCGAGGAAAGCGAAGGUCAAUGGUUCGAAGCGGUACGAGGUGAGGACGGAGGGGUCGGGGGAGUUCGCGCUGGACGGGGAGGUGUAUUUGGGCCCCGAGCGCGUCACGGUGACCUUCGACGAGUACGGCGAGUACGAGCUGAACCGGAAAGACAUCAUCAAGUACGCGCUCGAGCUCUGCAACAAGUACCGCGACGUCCGCGACUUCUUCGGCUGGAAGCACCUGCUGACGGGCUCGCGGCUGCACCGCAUCAUCGCGUCGUACGAGUGGGGCAUGUUCUUGGAGUCCACUCCCCCCAAGCCCCCCGGCCUGUUCAAGGGCCGCGGCAUCGUCAUGCCCGGCGGCGGCAAGAAGUACAUGCUCACGGCGCUGAUCGCGGUGCGGUACCUGCGCGACGCCGGGUGCAAGCUCCCCAUCGAGCUGUGGGUCACCAAGGCCGAGAUGCCGAAGAGCAACAUGCUGCGGCACCUGUCGGAGCAGGGCGUGUGGGUGCGCACGAUGGAGGACCUCGACUACAUCCGGCGGCGCAACUCGCUGCCCGUCGUGGGGUUCGCGCUCAAGGCCUUCUCGAUCAUGUUUUCUGCAUUCGAGGAAGUCAUAUUCCUGGACUCGGACGUAAUGGCGCUGAAGGACGUCGGCGCGCUGCUCGACAGCCGCGAGUACAACAGCACCGGCAUGAUCCUCUGGCCGGACUACUGGUACUAUCACGUGGACUCCAUGGCCAUGCGCCAGCUGGCGGCGGUGUUCGGGCUCUCUGCGCACGACCUGCUCGGGUGGCGCGACAUCUCGUACGCCAGGGAGCUCGAGGAUCCCGCGAACAACCGGACGUGUUGGAACGGGACGCCGCAGCCGCGCGCGGACCCGCGGACGUUCCAGAUGGAGUUCACCACCGCGCCCACGUGGGGGUGCCCGGACGACGACGGCGUCGAGCCGGACUCGCCCGCGCCGCCGGACGUCAACACCGACCGCUUCCUCGACUACUAUCCAGACUUCCGCAUAUCGCCCGACCCGAAGCAGCCGGCGUUCAGCGCGGAGGACUCGUGGCACGUGGUGUCGACGCGCCCCGCGCUCCCCACGCACGACUCCUCCGUCAUGAUCCUCGAUAAGGCCCGCCACUGGGACGCCCUCUCCCUCUACAUGUACCAGAACUUCCGGUUCUCGUUCUUCCACCGCAUGACGGUGCCCAACGAGCGCGGCAUCGGCGACAAGGAAACGCUGGCCAUGGCCAUGCGCGCGCUCCGGAAGCCCUACCACCUCGUCGGGAUGGCCGCGGGCGGCGUCGGCAAUGCAUGGGGGUCGCACACGAUGAUCCAGUUCGAACCAGGGACCGGGGACCCCAUGUUCCUGCACCGGAACUGCUACAAGUGGUCCCCGGACUCCCCGGGCGUGCUCGGGCUGCUCUCGGAGUCGAACCGGGCCUGGAAAUUCAUGUCAUACUUCGACCCAAGGCGGCCGGUGCAAGUCGCGGCGCCCGCGGACGCGGGCGGGCAGGCCACGGGGUGGAGCUGCGCGGUGCUGAGCGUGCCGGAGGAAACGGGUCUGAGUCGCGACAUCCGCGACAUCCUCCCUUUCGACGCUGAAGCGCGCGGCGCGGACUACGCGCGCGAGGUCAUGGACUCGGUGGAGUUCACCGAGUACCAGCACUCGUUCUGA